CUCAUUACCGCUUCCGGGUGAUCGGGAUGUUGUGAUUAGUUGCUGGCUAACGUGCAUUUUCACAGAGUGUUGACACGUUUAUUAAUUGUCAGGUUGUGCGUGUUGUGUAAAACACCGAGAAGGCAAAUGUCUGCACCGGGAGCAUCCAAUAUCAGGGAUUUAAAUCCAGCGACGGUCCCGACGAGUAAAGCUCAGACAGCAGCGGCCUUAGUUGCUCAGGCCCGUGGCAAGAAGCGAGCCGUCAGUCCCGCUUUACACACAGCCCUGUCUCCAAAUAAUAACAGCAGCAACAACAGCAGUAGCAGCAGCAGCAGCAAAAAGAGAAAAAUACAGCCUGUAGCGUCAACUCCUCAAACACAGGUUGCUCCUGUGGAGGGGACUGUUGAAGGAAAAUCAGUGGGCGCAGUCGAUGUAGAAUCCCCUACUAAGACCCUGCCUUUUAAAAACCCCAACUUUGUGCACUCGGGUAUUGGUGGAGCAGCAGCAGGGAAGAAGAAUCGGACGUGGAAGAAUCUGAAGCAGAUUCUGGCAGCAGAAAAAGCACUGCCAUGGAAAAUCACUGAUCCCAACUACUGUAGCAUAGAUGCGCCUCCUUCGAUGAAACCUGCUAAAAAGUACUCUGACAUCUCGGGUCUUCCUGCAAACUACACUGACCCUCAAACUAAAUUACGCUUUGCAUCGACAGAGGAGUUUUCUUACAUCCGCCAGUUACCUACAGAUGUGGUGAUGGGAUAUCUGUCUCUCCGUAAAGCCACCUGCAUUGUACCAUGAGCGAGAAUACAACUCUCCAGCACACACGUACAUGCUGACUGACCACAGGGUGCUGCAGUAUCUAAAGGACCCACAUACUCAAUCAGAUUCUGAUAUUUGUGGAUGUUUAUGGUUACAUUUAAUAGUGAAUUUGUUUGGCUAUGGCAAUAUAAUAUACCCCUCUAGGGGUUCCUCUGUAGAGCUGGUUUGACCUAUGACGAACUUUUAAAUAAAAGUCUUGAGUUGGACAAAAUUAGAUUAUAUUAGAUAUUGCACUAAUGGGCAAAUACAAUGCACUGUAGCUCCUGAUUCCUUGAUAUAUUUUAUUUUGUUGCCCUCCACCAGGAUUAUGAUGUAUCAAAAUGAUACACAAAUUGAUUCUCACAUAUUCCUCUUUUCAAAAUCACAGGUGCAAAAAAGAACCUAUUGCAAAUUAUAUCAUAAACUCAAUAAACAGAAAUGGGUCGCUAAGGCACCCUCUGGUGGUUAAAAGAAACAAACCUCCACCCGGUUAGGAACAGCACACAAUAUUGAGUCUUACAUCUAUGAAUAAAGUCAUUGAUUUUAUGAUUUUGUUGGAAGAAUGCUGCCUGGAGCUUGGCCACCUCUAGGAUGGCUCUUUAUCCAUGCCAAUAAGAGCGGCCAUGGAGGAGCUGAUCAAGAAGGCUCAACACCAGCUUUUUCCACCCUCCACAUCUGCUAGGUGUUUCGUGCUUGUUCCAAACCCAAGAUCAUUUUCAUGAUUCUUUGAAGGUUAGAUAUCAAAAUGCAAUUUAGUAGGCCCCAGUGAGGAUCGAACUCACGACCCCUGGUUUACAAGACCAGUGCUCUAACCACUGAGCUAUGGAGCCUCACUUAUCAGGUUAACUUGGCAGACAGCCCAAAGUAACAAAAGUAAGAACUCUUGUUUAAACUCAUUCAGAUAGCCUCGUGGGAUAUUGGCCGAAGUGUAUUUAAUUGUUUGACCUCAGAAUCCCCUGUACAUACAUAUGAAUGUGUACUAUGUUGGUAAUCUAAAAACAACAACUCAUCAGUCUUGUGGAUCUGAGAACAAUUUGUAAUACUACUAUAUUAAAAACAAAAGUGGACCAUAUACAGUUUAAUAUUAAAACACUGAUACACGAUCAAAAAUGUGAGUUUUGUUAUCAGUUGGACACUUUUAUUAAUUUUCAGAGUCUAAAAUGAACCCUGGAACCCUAUUGCACUUAGCAAGAGACUGAAGGUUAAUCUUUUUUUACAGUUUUUUUUUUUUUUUUAACCAUAUGGUGAACAGUGUAAAAAAAUGUCCUUGCAGGAUAUUUUAUGGCUAAAUUUCUGUAUCUCAGUUAUGGAUGGAUUAAUGCUGCGGUUGCCUAGCAAGUUGUAUGUAAAUAUUUAAAAUUUCACACACACAUCCCUCUUCACAUGAAAAAUAAAUUUUCUGUUUGCAUUUAA